AUGCCAGGGAAGGGUGGUGUUGGGGAAGGGUGGUGUCAGGGAAGGGUUGUAUCAAAGUGUGGUGUUGGGGAAGAGUGGCUUCAGAGAAGGGGAAAGAAUUGUUAUUGGAGAAAUAAUAAUUAUCAGUUGGCCAUUGAUAAACUAACGGAAGCCAUUAAUAAAAUGAUAAUCCAAUUGCAAGAACAAUGGUCACCUACCUUUGGAAAUUCAAAUAGAAUAGUCUCUCCUUCUACUACAUAUCCAUAUCCUAAUGUGGUUUCUCCAAAUCUUCCUAUAUCUGUAGACAGUUCUGUAGAAAAUCUUAAUAACAUCCAACCUUUAAUGGAAGCUUCACUUAAAAUUAAUAACUGUAAAAAUUUAAUGGACAUUAUUGAACUGGGAGAUAUUCCCGCUCAGACCACAAAUGUUAAAACUGACCAG